AUGGAAUUGACAUUGUGUAACCUCAAAAGCCAAAAGUACAACUAUGUAUCGGCAAUAGUUUCCACAACCAAACAGCCCCCAAUGAAAUGGGUCCCACCCCAGAAAAUAGGAUGGAAUACUAAAAGGGGAGCUAGGGUCAAGUGUGGGAAGAACACGAAGUUAGUGGUGGAAUUGGAGAAAGAAUUGAAGGAGAUAGAGAAUGAAGGGAGGGAAGAAGGAGGAUCAACGGUGGUGGAAUUGCUGGAGUGUUUAGAAAGAGAAGCAAUCAUGGGUGAUGAUGAAGGACGUGAACCCAAUGAUUAUAAUCGUAGGGCUCAGAUUUUUGACAAGAGUUCUAAAGUUUUUAAGGAACUUCGUAACGCCAAUAGUGAUCAGUGA